AUGCUGUGUGCAAUUUCUGGCGAGGCUCCUCAGGUGCCCGUGGUGUCGCGCAAGAGUGGGAACGUUUUCGAGAAGCGACUCAUUGAAGAGUAUAUUUCAGAGCAUGGAAAGGAGCCGGUGACGGGCGAGGAACAUACCGUCGACGAUCUCAUCGAACUGAAGUCAGCUCGCAUCGCCCGACCUCGACCACCGACACUUACCUCAAUCCCCUCGUUACUGGGAGUUUUCCAAGAAGAAUGGGAUGCGUUAGCCCUUGAAACGUUUACUCUCAGGCAGACGCUAGCACAGACGCGACAGGAGCUUAGUACAGCACUCUACCAGCAUGAUGCCGCCGUCCGUGUGAUUGCGAGACUGCGAAAGGAGAGAGACGAAGCCCGGGAUGCACUUUCAAAAAUCUCGGUUGGCGCCAGUCGUGCUCCCGCGGCUGGAGAUGCGAUGCAAGUGGAUAGCACAGGUCUUCCAGACGGUGUUAUUUCAAGGAUCGAAGAAACUCAAGAGAAACUUUCAAAAACACGACGCAAACGGCCUAUCCCUGAGGACUGGGCCACCGGUGAAGCUAUUCAAGAGUUCCGGCCUUCCAGCCAGUCUGAGCCCCUAUAUCCUGGCGGAUAUUCCAUAUCUUUGAACUCCUCCGGCAGCCUCGCUCUGGUAGGAGGUGUAGACGGAGUUGCUGGCGUAUAUUCACUUUCCGAGAAACGGGUUGUUGCCUCCCUCAAAGGAGGUAGUGGCUCGAUAACGGACUCUGCAUGGGUUGGAGACAAGGCUGUCGUUAGCACCUCUACCGGUGCUGUUAAGGUCUUUGAAAAUGAAUCUGAGGUCGCCAGUUUUAGUAUUCAUGCUGGCACGGCUGCAGCUUUGGCUGUACAUCCAACUGGUGAUAUCGUUGCCUCCGUUGGUAUCGACAAGAGUUAUACCCUCUAUGAUAUCUCAAACUCCUCUGUCAUCGCUCAAACAUUCACUGACUCUGCUCUAUCGUGUGUCAAAUUCCAUCCUGAUGGCCACUUACUUGCUGCCGGUGGAGCUGACGGCCAGAUCAAAAUAUUUGAUGUGAAGAGCGGCACUAGCGCAGCUACAUUCGACAUGUCUGGCCCCAUCAAAGCGCUAUAUUUCUCUGAAAACGGAACCUGGCUUGCGGCAGUGACGAACGAAUCAUCUGAAAUCUCAGUUUGGGAUCUCCGUAAAUCGACAGUCGUGAAGGUAUUGGAAACCGGUAGCAGAGUCGACACUAUCAGCUGGGACUACACUGGCCAGUUCCUCCUCACAGGCGGACCCAAUGGACUUACGGUUCAGCAAUACUCCAAGGCUUCAAAGUCCUGGACGGAGCCUUUACGAAGUGCAGUGCCUGCCACUGCUGUAGCCUGGGGACCAUCUGCUCAGAGUGUUUUGGCGCUUAAUGGAGACGGUGUUAUUGUGUCAGUUACUGCUCAGUAA